UGGUGCGCACGCGGGCACGCAGCACUCCGUUCACGCGCUGUCUAGAACGUUCGCGUUGAAGAUCGUCUUUUGAGAGUCGACACUACGAUAUUAACAGCAGAGCCUCAAGUAGCAUCGAACGCAGGUCUGGUUUAUGACACCACGGAGAGAGCACGGUAGAGGCGCGCCGUCGCCAGCGCCGGAGGACCACCGUGUGUGGCGACCUGACCACGCAGCGUUCGUGGGCGCCGUGGGUCUGAUCGCGGCUGCCGUGUGCGUCGCCGUGCCCAUCGGUUUGCGUCUGAGCCUGAUACGUUGCAAGGGCAGCGAGUGCCUGUCGCUAGAGCGGGACAUGAAGCGCGCCAUGGAUCCCGGUGCAGACCCGUGCAGCAACUUCUACCAGCACGUCUGUGGCCGAUGGGUCAGUGGAAAGACGGACUUCGCAUAUGUCACCUACAAGUACAGGAACUUCCGGGACAAGGAUCUGAUGCACGAACUGGUGACGGGCGUCUCGCUGACUCCGAAUCGCCAUCAGACCACCCGUGAUAAGCUGGCCCUACUGUACCUCAGCUGCCACGCAGAAGUUAACAACGAGGAGUCCAUUGGCGAUUUCCUACGUGUCCUUAUACUGACCUGGCCGAAGCGCUCCCACUCAAGUGCCUUCGAGGUAUGACGAACCUUUAGUCAGCACUGCGCAUGUCUGCCUCUUUGUCACUUACUCGCGCGAUCAUCCGGGAAAUAUAGGAAAGACUUCUGGUGUCGGAAUUGCGACCAUGGCACAUGAAGGCUUUCGUGGACUCAUCAAACUGUACAUCCUUGCCGGCAAGGUACAUUGAAAUGGUGUUUGUGACACUCGAGUGCUCUACUAGACACGUAACCACAAUACGUGGUCUAACGCAAGUUUAGUAUAUGCCCCAGUAGGAAUGUUAUGUUUUCAUACUUACCAUACCUUCCUGCACCAAUGCCCUGACUGAUCGCAGUUUAGUAGAACUGUCAACGGCGGAUGCAUACCACUUAAGAACACCUCAGACGUGAGCAGGUUACGAGUUGUGUCAUGUGAACAGAAAAAUAAACAUGCACAGGUAACUGUGAGCAAAAACAAAUCGUCGACAGGCUCAUAAAAAAAAAACGGAAUUGAGUCUUGAUUCGGACACACAAAAUGUAAUUGACAUGCAUCGCAAAGCUCGCAGUGCCGAGUUUGGACUGCAGUCUUCAAUUUAAGGUUACAUUCGUGAAAUGAAAAACAAAAGUUCAUCCACCGGAUUGCGACAUGGAGCUACAAAGGAAAGCUGGACCAGGACCAAUUUUUCCUGAACUGCGAAGUAUUCUUGCUGAGAAACCCAAAGUGCUUUCCGUUGUAGCUUCGUACUGGAUUAGGGUCGAUGACCAUUUCUCCCUUUCACGAUGCUUCCACUAGCUUGCGCGAAUCUGCAGCACUUAUUUUCUC